GCGCGCGGCCGUUGGAGGCCGUUAGAGGCCGCUGGGCGCGAGUCCCGCCUCGCAAGGGGCGGGUGGCGGCGGGCGGAAGGCAGGGAGCGCUUCCGGGGCGGCCGGGUGGCGUGAGGGAGGAAGAUGGCGCCGGGCAGGAAAGCGGCGGCGGCGGCGAAAGGGAAGCGUGGGCUGCCCGCUGCCCUCCUCAGCCCGCCUUCCUCGGAGGAUGAGGCCCCGGAGGAGGUGUCCUUCGGCGCGGCGAGGGAGGUGGCCGAGACCGAACGGAAGCUCAUGGGGGAGGCGGCCCGGAGGCACCGGGAGCUGCUGAAGGAGAAGCGGCGGCGGCGGCAGGAGCUGUUCGUCGAGCAGAAGAGACGGAAGCUGCUCCCCGAGGCCGUGCUGCAGGAGCUGGCCGCCGCGCCGCCCGCACGACCCGAGGGACAAGAUGCGGCGGACGACCCAGGUGAACAGUGUGGAGGUGGGGCUGCAAAGCAAAGACAGGAUCAAGUUGAAGAGCAGGACCAAGCCCAAAGGCAGGUGAAGAAAGCCAAGCAAAGAAAGGUUGUCAGGCCAAAAGGAAACUAUACGGCUGUGCGCUUAAAAGAUCAGAGUUUAACAGGCCUCCACCAACAGCUUGCCAAAGACUUUUUAAACACUCAGCUUUAUGGACCAGACACCAACCGGGUACAGGCAAAUGAAUUUUUUUCCCUUGAAAACAAGAGAGACCCAGUUAAAAAAGCUGCAGUUCAGUUUGUGGACAAAUCGUGGGGGCAAGAAAAAAAGCUAAGAGCAAUAAGGUUUAAAAAACGUUGGCUCUCAACACAGCUGAAAAAACAAGUGUGAAGGCAGCUUUUUCAGAAGAUGCAAUUAAGGACUUUUACUGAAAGUUAGGCUCUCAACACAACAAAGCAGGUUUUUUUUCCCCACGUCUCCAUCAGUGCUCCUCUUUCAGCUCUACCCAACAGCCACCAGAAGGCACUAACUGUUACAAUGCCGUGCCUGAAAUUAUUUCCCUGUUCUCUUCCCUCCCCCUUUCAGAAGUUGGUUGGAGAAGCUGAGAAACUGCUGGGCCAGGGCAGUGACUGUGAUGUAGAACAGCUGGUGUUUUGACCAGGCUUGUAGAGCUGCCUCCAUGAGGCAACUCCUUUGCAGAGAAUAAAGACGAAUGUGUACUUAC